AUGGUUAGCAGAGCCACAGAGUUUCCAGAAGAGGAAACAGAAGUUAUUGCUGCCUUCACAGAGAUGGUUGCUGUUCCCCUGCUCUGCUUGCCUUGCUUCUUCAAGUACAGCGUUGCACUCCUGCUUUGGAUCUGCAUCCACGAGGUGGACGCUACCAAAUGUGGACAUGUCAUCCAGAAAAAGGUUGGAGACACUGUGGAGCUUCCCUCAUGUUUGCCAAGUGAAGGGGUCGACUUUGCAGCAUGGGAAUAUGGAGACACACGCAUUGCAAGCACGGAUAUGGUUGAAACUUCAGAUGGUGAUCAAUUCCAGGGCAGAGUGAAAAUAAACGGACAAAAUUUCAGUUUAACUGUGGAAAGUUUGACUCUUAACGACUCUGGGAGUUUCAAAUUUGUCUCAGAGGUGAAUGGAGAGCAAAGGAUCACAACCAUCAUCACUCUGAAAGUUUAUGAGUCUGUGACGGAGAAGCCUGUCCUGAAAGUCAGCUCAACUUGGCAUGAACUGAACAGCUCAUGCACUGUGUUGCUGGAGUGCGGGUCAGCCCGUCACAGUGAGGUCACCUACAGCUGGACAGUGGGGAACCACACCUUCAAAGGCUCCAGGGUGCAUUUCACUGUCAUACCACCGGGGGGAGACACAGAUGUCACCUGUACAGUCUCCAAUUCUGUCAGUGUGAACAAUGCAUCUCAAAUAGUGCAUUGCAGCAAUAGCACAUCCACAGAUAUAUCAGAUGAAGGGCUACCGCCCUUUUGGAUCUACAUAGCUGGUGCAGCAGGGACUGUUUUCCUGGCCAUCGUCGUCACAGUGGCUGUGGCUGUUAGGAAAUACAAUGAAAAACAAGCAGCUGUCUACGAGAACACCGUGUACGCUGAUGUUACUGAAAAUUUCUCAGCUCAAGAUGGGAGAUCGAAUACCUUGACCAAUCAAGCCUCACUCUAUGAAACCAUCAAUGACAUAAAUACUGCAGAUCAGGCCAAGACUAUCUACGACGAGGUCCAGCUGAAUCGCAUGCAGGCCAGCCGUUAGAAUGACAAACGACACCAUCACCAUGCGCUGUACUUUAGCAUUCACUGUAAAUACUGUGAAUAUACAGAUUA